UCUCGAACUCAGAAGUGUUCCUCCUGCCUCAGCCUCCCGAGUGCUGGGAUUACAAGCGUGUGCCACCACGCCGGGCUUAGAUGUGGGGGACAUAGCAGAGAUGGGAUUUUAGUGUCAAGGUGAUCUGGAUGGAUGGAGGAGUCUGGGGGCGGUGGGUGACUGAGCAGUGACUAGGGGUCACAUACUGUCCCAGGCCAGAAAAAAACUGAAGGGUGUGAUUGGCUAACUGCCUGGGCCCUGCAUCCGGGAGAGGCGCUGGAAGGGGCUGUAAUCAGAGGCUCAUGGAUGAGUGGGAAAGAGGGGCGAGGAUUUAGGGGGGCUUCACCAAUGAAAGACUAGAAAAAGGCGAACCCCGGGUGCUUUUGUCGCAGGGACAAAGAACACACGUAUCUCCUCGAUGUUAAGGAAAACUACAUGCUCCCGCGGGAUGUACACAGGUUGCAGAGCCCAGCUCCUCUUGCUCACCCCGCCCCCAGGCCACUUCCCGGGGCGCAUUUCUUUGUGCAUUCACCGAGUCCCUGCGAGCUCUUCCUUUUUACAAAGAGUGAGAUAAACGGAGCUUUGCCCUCCUUGCCUGUCCCUGGAUUUUCCCCGUCUGCUUAUCCUGGGCACCACUUGACAACGGCCUUAGUGAAUAAAUAAGCACUGCGGGAAGGUUCUUGCGUGAGUGUGGCUGGGAGGGAGCAGGAGCGGGGGCUUGGCUAGGCGGGUGGUUGUUUUUGAGUUUCUUCCCCUUCCUAUGCAUGUGCUCGGCAGCAGGGCCAGAAAACUGGAGGCCUGGCAGAACACCCCCCUCCCGCCCCGCGCGCGCAGUCAUCCUGCGGGAGGGGCGUGAGCAGGGCGUGGCCGGAACGGCUUUCUUCAGGCCGGGGCCCCAGGCGGGCACAGUUACCAGCCGCACUGAUCAUGGCCGCAGCUGCACUAGGGCAGAUAUGGGCCCGAAAACUUCUUCCUGUCCCUUGGCUUCUGUGUGGUCCCAGAAGAUGUGCUUCUUCCAACUUCAAGGCUGCAGACCUGCAAAUGCAAAUGACACAAGAGCCACAAAAGAAGCCCGGCUCCAGCGAGCCGCUGGUGUUUGGGAAGAUGUUUACCGACCACAUGCUGAUGGUGGAGUGGAGUUCAGCGAGGGGCUGGGGCCAGCCCCGGAUCCAGCCCUUCCAGAACCUCACGCUGCACCCGGCCUGCUCCGCCCUCCACUACUCCCUGCAGCUCUUCGAGGGCUUGAAGGCCUACAGAGGUAGGGACCAGCGGGUUCGCCUCUUCCGACCCUGGCUUAACAUGGACCGGAUGCUGCGCUCGGCCCAGCGCCUCUGCCUGCCGACUUUCGACAAGGCCGAGCUGCUGGAGUGCAUCCGCCGGCUGGUGGAGGUGGAGAAGGACUGGGUUCCCGAGGGGGCUGGCACCAGUCUCUACGUGCGGCCCGUGCUCAUCGGCAACGAGCCCUCGCUGGGCGUCGGCUGUGUCACACAGGCGCUGCUGUUCGUCAUUCUCUGCCCCGUGGGCUCCUACUUCCCCGGGGACUCCAUGACCCCCGUCUCCCUGCUCGCGGACCCCGCGUUUAUCCGAGCCUGGAUGGGGGGCGUCGGUGACUACAAGCUUGGGGGGAACUACGGGCCGACGGUGUUAGUGCAGCGAGAGGCGCAGAGGAAGGGCUGCGAGCAGGUGCUGUGGCUGUACGGGCCCGACCAGCAGCUCACCGAGGUCGGCACCAUGAACAUCUUCAUCUACUGGACCCACACGGACGGUGUACUGGAGCUGGUGACGCCCCCACUGGACGGGAUCAUCCUGCCCGGAGUCGUCAGACAGAGCCUGCUGGACCUGGCGCAGUCCUGGGGUGAGUUCCGGGUAGUGGAGCGCAAGAUCACCAUGCGGGAGUUGCUGCAGGCGCUGGAGGAGCGGCGGGUGCGGGAAGUGUUUGGCUCCGGCACCGCCUGCCAGGUCUGCCCGGUGCACCGGAUCCUGUACAAAGGCCAGAACGUCCAUAUUCCCACCAUGGAACACGGGCCCGAGCUUAUCCUCCGCUUCCAGAAGGAGCUGAGGGCGAUUCAGUACGAAACCGGCACCCACGAGUGGAUGCUAGCGGUGUGACAUGCGGGCUCGGCCGGACCACACCUCAGAUCAACGGACGUGUCAGGACUCACCUGAAGUGCAAUAAGAGAGGCCGGGGACGGACACCCGGGCCUCUGGCGCCCCCUGGUGGUUGCUACACUCCCAAAGUCAUGGGCCCAGGCGUUUUGCGACCUGGCCCUGCGACGUGGUGGGGACCAGCUGCCCUCUCCCUACCCCUGCUGCUCCAUGUUCAUCUCUGGGGGGUCAGGGAUGUUUCGUGGCCUCGACUCCACAUUCUCUGUUCUCAGGCCGGACCCCGCUGCUGCCGUUAAUUUUUUCUCUCUGUCCUUGCUGCAAUUUUGAAAUAAAAUGCCAAAGAACAAAACAUUAGCU